GCGGCUACGAGGUCCUGACGCUUCCGGCCGAGCACCUCACAGCGGCACCGGGCGGGCGUUCGGUACUCCGGGUGCUGCCCUGGCCGCCCAACGGGGGGCUGAGUGGCGCGCGUAUUCUCGGUACGUGCCCGGAGGCGGGGCGGCAGCCGGUCCCGCACCGUACACCUCACGGGGGGGCCGCGUUCUAGCCCGGAAGGAGUAGGCAGCGCUGGAAAGAUGGCGGCGGGCGGGCUGACGAAGGCGCCGGUGUGCGUGCUAGUGCUGGGCAUGGCGGGCUCUGGAAAAACCACCUUCGUGCAGCGUCUGACAGCACAGCUGCACGGACAGCGCUGCCCCCCGUACCUCAUCAACCUGGACCCCGCCGUGCGCGAUCUGCCCUUCCCCGCCAACAUCGAUAUCAGGGACACUGUGAAGUACAAAGAAGUCAUGAAGCAGUAUGGACUGGGUCCAAAUGGUGGGAUAGUGACCUCUCUCAAUCUCUUCGCUACCAGAUUUGAUCAGGUGAUGAAGUUUAUUGAAAAAAGACAAAAUGCAUCCAAGUAUGUUAUCAUUGACACACCAGGGCAAAUUGAGGUUUUCACCUGGUCAGCAUCAGGAACCAUCAUAACUGAGGCCUUGGCUUCCUCUUUUCCUUCAGUUGUUGUUUAUGUGAUGGACACCUCUCGCAGUACUAACCCUAUAACUUUUAUGUCCAACAUGCUGUAUGCCUGCAGUAUCCUGUACAAGACAAAGCUACCUUUCAUUGUUGUCAUGAACAAAAUGGACAUAAUUGACCACAGUUUUGCAGUAGAAUGGAUGCAGGACUUCGAGACUUUUCAGGAUGCCCUGAAUCAAGAGACAUCCUAUGUCAGUAACCUGACUCGUUCUAUGAGUUUAGUGUUGGAUGAGUUUUAUAGUUCACUGAAGGUGGUUGGUGUUUCUUCUGUACUUGGCACUGGACUGGAUGAUUUUUUUGUUCAGCUUUCUAAAGCUGUGGAAGAAUAUGAGAGAGAAUAUCGUCCAGAAUAUGAACGCCUGAGAAAAACAGUGGAGGAAGCUCAAAAUAAACAGAAGAGAGAGCAGCUAGAACACUUGUGGAAGGACAUGGGCAGUGUGUGUGUGCAGGGCAACACACUUGCAGGGUCUGAUGAUGCUUCUGCAAUGGGUCCCUCUGAGCUGAUCCUGACACGAGGAACUCUUGAUGAAGAAGAAGAGAGGGAGAGCGAUACUGAUGACAUUGACCACGAAGUUACUGAGGAGAGUCAUGAAGAACCAGCCUUCAGAAAUUUCAUGCAAGAGACACGGAUGAAAUACCAGAGAAGCGGCAGCCCAAAUGAAUGAGACCUUCAGAAGCAGAGGGUUUGGAAUCCCUUGUAAUGGAUUCAGAAGUAAAGGAACAGCAUAAAGAAACCUGAGUGGACCCUUACAUGAAGUCUGUCUUUAAACAGCUUCUUUCGAUACAUUUGUCUUUUUCCCUGCAGUAAAUGUUGGUCAUACGAGUUGAAGACAUGGUAUCCAACUGAUUGCACAUUUGACCAUCUGCCACUGUGACUUCCUGAAGCUGAAGGAGACAGAUAGCACUUUCUUUUAUCUCCAGAUACUUUAGAUGUGCCCGUUGAGAGCUUUGAUUUUUGAGCUCUGACUGUGCCAGCAUCUGGAGUACUUGCAGGUCUCCAAAAGUGCUCUCUUGUACAAGUGCUGUCUUGUACAGACAGGUGUCUGCUGCAGCCAGGACACAAGUGAAAUCUCUGCUGUAUGAAACUUCAUCAGUCUGGUGUUUGAUGUUUUGCUUUCAAUUAAAUAUAUUUUAUGUACUAACAAAUGGUUGGUGAUUAAUAGCAAGAGAUUUAAUUUCAUCAUUCUAACGUGAGACUUUUUUUCAUUAUUAAAGCCCACCUAUAUGAAUGCA